AUGCCAGGCAGUAUAUCAAUCCAGGAGAUCUCCAAGCACAAUAUCCCAGAAGAUCUCUGGAUAGUGGUCGACGACAAUGUCUACAACCUCACAGAAUUCGCCCCAAACCAUCCUGGCGGUGCUGACAUAAUCCACCGCUACGCAGGCCGCGAUGCCUCCUCCGCCUACAAUGAAAUCCACGCCCCUUCUCUAAUCAAGAGCUCGCUGCCCCUUUCCAAACACGUAGGCCAAAUCGACACCUCCUCCAUAACCACCGAAUGGGCCAAGCCACCCCCGAGCGUCACGGCCUCCCUUCCCCCCAACGCCAAACCACCUCUGGAUACCCUGAUCUCUACACACGAUUUUGUAUCUUCCGCUCGCGCCACCCUUACUAAGAAAACCUGGGCCUUUUACUCCUCCGCUGCCACAGACUUGCGAACGAAAGAAAGAAAUAACUCGGCAUACGCGGAUAUUGGACUACGGCCCAGGAUACUGGUCGAUGUAAAGGACGUAGAUACCAGCACCAAAAUGCUAGGGCAGAACAUGAGCGUUCCGAUCUUUUGCUCGCCGGCUGCCAUGGCCAAGAUGGUACAUCCCGAUGGCGAGAAGGGCUUAGCGAGGGGGUGUAAGAACUCGGGGAUCCCGCAGUGUGUCUCAACCAAUGCCUCCUUUCCCAUUGCCGAAAUCUUCAACUCGGUCUCGGGACCUGGCCAUUACGGCCAUUUCGAGAUGGAGACCGAAAUGCCGAUAUUCUUCCAGCUCUACGUCGACAAGCAGCGAGAGAAGAGCGAGAAGCUUUUGAAUGACGUGGAGAAACUGGGCGUCAAAGCUAUCUUCGUGACUGUCGACGCCCCAGUCCCGGGGAAGAGAGAAGAAGACGAACGCGUGAAAGCGGACGAAUCCCUCUCCACCCCCAUGAGCGGCGCCAAAGCGAAGAAUGACUCCAAAGGCGGUUCUCUCGGCCGAAUCAUGGGCGCCUAUAUUGACGCCUCGCUUUCUUGGAAGGAUCUUCCCUGGCUGCGCUCAUGCACGUCCCUUCCUAUUGUACUCAAAGGCGUGCAGACGUACAUGGAUGUGCAGAAAGCGGCCGAGAUGGGGAUUGAGGGCGUGUUGCUGAGUAACCAUGGAGGAAGGAGCUUGGAUACAGCCCCAGCGCCGGUGUUGCUGUUGCUUGAGCUGCAGAAGAAUUGCCCGGGCGUGUUUGACAAGCUUGAAGUCUUCGUCGAUGGGGGCAUUAUGCGAGGCACGGACAUAUUCAAGGCGUUGUGUCUUGGGGCUAGGAGCUGCGGGAUUGGGAGGGGCUUUCUGUAUGCGUUGAAUUAUGGAAGUGAAGGCGUGGAGAAGUAUGUUGAGAUUCUUAGAGACGAGUUGGAGACAACUAUGCGGAUGAUGGGCGUUACGGACCUGAGCCAAGUGCAUCCCGGCAUGCUGAAUACCGGCGCGGUAGAUCAUCUGAUACCCGGCGGAGUGGAACAUCCUUAUGCCAAGUGGCGUCCGAAGGCCAAGAUAUAG